AUGGAAACACAGGCAUACAUGUUCACACACUCGCAGUCUAGGGGCCGGGAUGAGUCUGAGAGCAUACAUCUGGGACCAGCUUGUAUCUUUCUCAGAGGGAGGAACAUUGAACGGAAACUUGCAGCUGAAGAGAUAGAAGAAUUGCAACAGGCCUUUACUGAGUUUGAUAAGGAUAGGGAUGGGCUCAUCAGCUGUAAAGAUUUGGGCAAUCUGAUGCGGACUAUGGGAUACAUGCCCACUGAAAUGGAGCUGAUCGAACUCAGUCAGAACAUCAACAUGAAUCUUGGGGGACAAGUAGACUUUGAGGAUUUUGUGGAACUCAUGGCUCCUAAGCUCUUAGCAGAGACGGCCGGAAUGAUUGGCCUGAAGGAGUUAAAGGAAGCAUUCAGAGAGUUUGAUAUGGACGGUGAUGGUGCCAUCACAAUCGAUGAGCUGAGGCAUGCUAUGAAGAAGCUGCUUGGGGAAAACACUAACAUUGAAGAGAUUGAGGCUGUGGUGAGAGAGGCCGACAAUAAUGGAGACGGAACAGUGGACUUUGAAGAAUUUGUCAGAAUGAUGUCACGAGAUUAA